CUCUAUCACAGACCCACUGAGGCGAGCUGCUCUCUCGCCUCUGCGCCGCUUGCAGCCUCCCGGGCGGCUCCUCCCCUCAAACUGGCCCCCGGAACCACACGUGACACGCGAGAAGGGGCCGUACUAAAGGGAUGCUUCCCGGCCAGGAAGAGAUGAUGGAGGAGGCGGCGGCGGCGAGCAGCAUGGCUCUGCCUCAGCCUGCCCCUUGCCCGGCUAUCCUAUGCCAAGAAGGGGGGCUGCCGGGCACGGAGCAGCGGAACUGCCCAGUGGUGGUGGAGAAACUGAAAACCGUCAGCUUGGAGGAAAUCAUUACAUCGAAACCGGGGAAAACACCAAUUCAGCUGUUACAUGAAUAUGGCACAAAGGCUAAUCUCAAUCCUGUAUAUGACUUUGAAAAAGCUGAGGGGCAAGUGCAUAUGCCAGUCUUCACCUAUAAAGUCACUAUGGGUGACAUAACUGCAACAGGAGAGGGUCCGAGCAAGAAAAUUGCAAAACACAAAGCUGCAGAAGCUGCCCUGAACAUUUUGAAAGGCAAUUCAAAUAUUUGCAUUUCUGUGCCAGACUACUUAACCCCCGAACGUCUCAAUCAAGCACCAAAUCAGUCCAAUCCUAUUGGAUCAUUGCAGGAGCUAGCUAUUCAGAAGGGUUGGAGACUUCCUGAGUACUCACUGGCACAGGAGACAGGGCCGCUCCAUAAGAGAGAGUUUACAAUGACUUGCAGAAUAGAAACAUUUGUAGAAACAGGGAUUGGGACUUCUAAAAAAUUAGCAAAGCGAAACGCCGCUGAGAAACUACUUGAUAAAUUUCAUAAUUUUUCUGGAGACAAUAUCACUAUUUCUUUAGUAAAAGAACAGAGUGUUAAUUUGGGGUGUACAUGGAGCACCUUAAGGAACUCUUCUGGAGAAAAAAUUACAUUGCUGAAAAUAAGUCCACUCAGUAUUCCUAAUACAGAUUAUGUUCAUCUUCUUGGAGAACUUGCAGAAGAGCAAGGUUUUAAUACAAAAUACUUGAAUAUAGAGGAGCUGAGUGUGAAUGGACAAUACCAAUGUCUUGCAGAACUUUCAACUCAUCCAAUCACAGUUUGUCAUGGGACUGGAAUCUCCUGGGGCAAUGCCCACAAUGAUGCCGCUCACAAUGCACUACAGUAUUUAAAGAUCAUGGCUGGACAGAAAUAAGAUUCAAGGAAAAGGGAAAUAUUUAAGGACAUAUCCA